AUGAAUCGGGAGUACGGAGAUCCCUAUUUCCCAGACGAGCUGCUGCAAGCGCUCGAAACAGCACACGAGCAAUAUGCAACCGAUGACGCACCGUCAGAGGAGCUCUAUGUCUUCGUCGUGGUUCACGAAGGAUUAUCGCUGUCCGAUGAACCAGAGUUCACAAUCGAAGGCGUCUUCAGCAAGCUAGACCUAGCUAACGAGAUGGUCCUGGACUUGUUUAAAAUCAUUUACCACCACGACUUCAAGAAAGCAGACUUCUAUGCCCGCGACACCUUCCAAGGAAUCGGCGAGAGCUCGGUGGGUUGGUACACCUCCCGAAGUGGGACACUAGCGCUGGAGCUGCAUGCGCAAGAUGGUGGGACUCUCCGAAUUUAUGCGGAGGAACAUGAGUUGGAGAGUCGUUGA